AUGACCGAAGAACAGCUUGAUGAGAAGUAUCCCAAUCGUCCUCACAAUCACUCAACCACUUUUCCUUUUCGCGACCUGUUUCUAGAACUGUUCAAUCCACUCAAUGAGAAUAAGCGACGUCGCGGCGGUCCUGCUCUUGCAAGAAGACGCGGUACUCACAAGCAGAAUGUCAAUGAAACUCGCAAAUCCAUAAUCGAAAGGUUUAUCAAUCGAUGGCGGACCGAAGUUGGCAACGAUGUUUUUCCUCUUUUUCGUCUCAUUGUACCAGAAAAGGACCGCGAACGUCCAAUGUACGGUUUGAAAGAGGCGACCAUUGCCAAGCUAAUGCUCAAGACUCUACAAAUCGACAAGAACAGCGAGGCCGGCUAUAAUCUCCUGCAUUGGAAACUACCCGGUGUCAAGUCUACCAGUCAGAUGGCUGGCGACUUUGCUGGCAGAUGUUAUGAGACCUUGUCUGGUCGUGAAACCCGUACCGAUCCUGGCAAUCUGACCAUUGAGCAAGUCAACGACAUGCUUGAUGAUCUGUCUUCCAAACACAAGGAGGAAGAACAACUACCCAUCUUCCGCGAGUUCUAUACCAAUAUGAAUCGUGAGGAAAUGAUGUGGUUGAUUCGCAUCAUCCUUCGGCAGAUGAAGGUAGGAGCUACCGAGAAGACCUUGUUCGAGGCAUGGCACAGAGAUGCAGAGAACCUCUUCAAUGUCUCUUCGAGUCUGAGACGUGUAUGUUGGGAACUGGUCGAUCCCGAAAUCAGACUCGAUGGUGAUGACAAGGGUAUAAGAAUCAUGCAGUGCUUCCAACCCCAGCUUGCUCAAUUCCAGUCACAUACAGUGGAGAAAAUGGUCACGCAAAUGCAAUGCACUGAGGAAGACCCUUUCUUCUGGAUUGAGGAGAAGCUGGAUGGCGAGAGAAUGCAGCUGCAUAUGAUCUAUGAUGAGAACAUGCCAGGCAAAUAUCGAUUCAACUAUUGGUCGCGCAAGGCUAAAGACUACACUGAUCUCUAUGGUCAAGGCUUCAUGGAAGAGCAGUCUGCACUCACACGCCACAUCAAAGAUGCGUUCAAUGAAAACGUCCGCAGCAUCAUUCUCGACGGUGAGAUGAUUUCAUGGAACAUGAAAGACGACAGGAUUGUUGCCUUUGGUAGUCUGAAGACUCAUGCAAAAGCACACAGAGAGGAUCCCAAUGCACAAGAAUCGCGGCCUCUGUUCCGUGUUUUCGAUUGCCUGUAUUUGAACGACGAAGUUCUUACCAUGUACACUCUUCGUGACAGAAGAAAGGCACUCUCUUCUGCUGUCAAGGAUGUUUACCGCAGGCUCGAAAUUCAUGAAUACAAGGAGGCUACUACUGCCGCUGAAGUCGAGCCAAUGCUUCGCAAAGUCGUAGCAGAGUCUUCUGAGGGUCUCGUCAUGAAGAACCCUCGCUCAGUAUAUCAACUCAACACACGCAACAACGACUGGCAGAAGGUGAAACCCGAGUACAUGACUGAAUUUGGAGAAUCGCUCGAUUGCGUUGUCAUCGGAGGCUACUAUGGUUCUGGACAUCGUGGAGGCAAUCUUUCUAGUUUUCUUUGUGGGCUGGCUCCUCUCCAUGCGGCAGGCAGCCCCAACCCAGAGCUUAUGUGGUCUUUCUGCAAAGUUGGUGGUGGAAUGACUGCUCAGGACUACGCAGAAAUACGACAUAUGACUGACAAUAAAUGGAACGACUGGGAUAAAGACAAUCCGCCAAAUGAUUGGAUCGAGCUCGGCGGCUGGGAAGCAGACCUACAAUACGAGAGGCCUGACGUUUGGAUCAAGCCGAGCGACUCCAUAGUGCUGCAGAUCAAAGCAGCAUCUGUGAUCACUGGUGAGAAGCGAUAUCGUACAGGAUGCACUUUGCGGUUUCCGCGCUUCACGGCAAUUCGCAAAGACAAAGAUUGGAAAUCAGCUCUUACCUUAGAGACGUUCUGGCAACUGAAAUCUCGUGCAGAGCACGAGAAAAAGGAGAAAGAGUUCAAGGUCGACGAUGCACGAAAGAAACGUGCCAAACGUGCUCGCAAGAAGGAGCUUACUGUGAUUGGUGCUGAUGAACAAAUUCAGACGCCAUUUGCCGGACCUGAAACUGCUCUCUUCAACGGUAUGAGCUUCUACAUCAUCACUGGUGCUGCCAAACCAUUGAACAAGACAAAACAAGAACUAGAGCAGCUGGUCAAAACCAACGGAGGAAACAUCGUCGCGACUCAUACUAACACCGAGACAAUCUGCAUUGCUGAGGGCAACCCAGUUCGUGUAGCCUCGAUCAAGAAGGCUGGCACACGCAAUAUCUUCAGACCGCAGUGGCUUCUGGAAUGCAUCAAGCAAGCCGAAACUGAUGUCGGAAGACCCAACGUAUUGCUUCCUUUCGAACCUCGACACGUCCUUUUCAGCAAAGAAGAAGACGAGGACAGCUUCAAGGAAAACAUUGAUGAGUAUGGCGACAGCUUCGCUCGCGAUGUUGACAUUGAAGAAUUGGAGAAACUGCUUUCCGACAUGCCUGACUUCAAAGAUGAAGACUAUGAUGCCAACGAAAUCAUGGACGAGCUAUUUGACGAUGAUGUUUUGGACGGCCCAGGAUGCAUGUUCCGUGGCUUGCGGAUGUAUGUCGAUGGUGAUGAUGCGAGUCUCGAGGCUGCCAAACGCAUCAUUCUCUUCGCAGAAGCUCGUCUAGCCAGCACACUGAGAGACGAGAAGAUCACUCAUGUUGUGGCGUUGAACGACAAGCAAGCCAGAGACAUGAGGAUUCAAACGGCUGAUCGCAGGUAUCCGCCACGUGUGGUCAAUGUGAAAUGGGUUAUGAAGUCGCUGAAGGAAGGCACGAGGUUGGAUGAAGAGAGUGCCUUCGCAUAA